UGAUUGAUUGAUGGUAUGAGGUACCUUAAUAUCCAUAUUGCACAAACAGUACUGUCAGCUCCAUCUAUUAAAAGUUCAGUUAGCCCGAGUACUGGGUAGAACCAGGUACAAAUGAUGACACUAAUCACCAGGACCUGAUAUAGAUCUAGAUUUAUAUACAAGGAUAGAGGUAUUAUUGGGAUUAUUGUCUUCCUGAUUGACCAGCCAAAACACAAGUUGUAAUAACACGUGUCUUACAGGUACGAACAGGUAAAUGAUGUAACACACCCGGAAUUCUAUUGAAACUUACCCACAGUUACCAGAGGCAGUGCGUAAUACAUCAUAACUGUCACCCUGAAAUCACCCUGUUACAAUGAACUCAUAACAGUGAUUAGUACACUAGCCGGUCCAUCCCACACUGUUGUGUAUUAAAGAAGAUUUCUUCACAUUUUUUGACGUAACAUGGCUCUUACUUGUACUGUCGUGGUCAAUAAAUUGCAAAGUCCUACUGCAUUGUAGCAGUAAAUGGUCAGAGAUCUUGAUACUUAGCUUUUGGUUUUCUUGCAGUCUUCUGUGGUUGAUUGGUUGAUAUACUUAUUAUGUAUUGGUUGAUAUAGUUAAUAUGUAUAUUUAUGUAUAUUGGGUGUCUUGAAGUAAGGAUUAGGAUAUUGAUAAGGAGUUGUAUGAUCAGUGUAGUAUUAGAUGGUAUACAGGUACCUGGAAUGUAUAUACACUACAUGUGUUUGUGUCCGCUACUAGUAAACAACUGGGAGAGAUAGUAUAUAUGCAGUGAAUGAGUACAAGUGGUAGUACAGUAGUGGUCAGUAGAGAAGAGAUAAGUCCCACCACUGAUAGAGUGUCAGAUAGAGUGAACAUCACAGGGACUAUUUCCUGAUCAGUGUCAGGGGGAACUGAAGGAGGAUGCUACAUUCAGGAUGUAUGGCCCAGGGUGACGACAAAUCUCCUCGACUGAUGUACAGGAAGUGAAGUGGUCACUCUGAUGUAAUCAGAAGUGGGCAGGUAUCGACUGCCUGAGGUGAGUGUUCGGCACAUUCACGGGCCCAAAACAGUCAGUGACUGCCGUAUACCCAGGAAGUGACCAGUGAAUAUUUUGGAAACAAGAUUGAUACUUGCACCCGUGUCCCCUGGGGGUGUAUUGUGGUGGUGCUUCUACUGCUGGGUCAUUUUUUUUUUUACCUCAGCCUAGAUCAUGUGAUUACCAAGCUCAUUUAAACCAUGUGUUCGGAACUUCUGAUUAGUAUUACUAGUAGUGAUCUCCAGUUAUGGAAGAGAGUCUUCGGCUUUAAAAGGACUUAGUAAUUUUUUUCUCUCUCUGCUUCACUGUCCAUAUCCCGACAGUGGAUUAUAGUAGUUUACAGAUUUGUUAUGUCAUCGCACUCUAAUACUUAUCCAACAGAUAUAUUGGCCGGGGUAUUGUUGUCUGUUAGAGCUGUUACAUCACCUUUAUUGGCUGUUAACUCCGACUGACCAUACAAGAGGAAUUUUUACAGGAAUUGACAUAACAGAUUUAUUUUCUUACUUUUUUGGGGGAGAAGGAUUAUGACGAAUUAACUGUCACUCGCUCACUUUCAAAGACAGCUACUGUAACACCGACUUGGUAAUACACUGAGUUUUAGUCCUUAAUGUACUGAGGAUCCACCGUGCAAUAAGUGAAGAAAAAAAAGUGAUUUGAUUUUGAAAACAAUUUAAUUUUUUUUUUAUUGUGGAAGUCUUUUCGAAUUUAAUUUUUUUCUGUGGACAUUGCCUUUUGAUGGUAACAGUGAAUGGCAUCGUACGGGAACAAUCCAUGUUUUGACGGAAGCAAACUGGGACGUGACAGUCCGAGCAGCUACAAUCAGUAUUUCUGUGAUCCAAACAAACCCGCUGAAUCUCGACUUCCGAAAAUGAAUCUGGAAGGCGGGUAUGGCAAACUGGGCAUGGACCCUCAUGGUUUCAGUGAUUCCUACAUGAUGGAUGGACUCAGUGGUAGUGGAUAUCAUAUGCCAUCAGGGGGUAUCCCCCAGGGACCUUGUUCCUCCGCAGGGCCCUCCAUGGUGGGGGGACCUUCAAUGAGUCAUGGAUAUAUGGGACAAGCGGCAGGAUUACACUCAAACAAUUAUCAGUCGGGACCCAUGACUCCAAGCUAUCUUAAUCCCUACAUGCAGUUUCAAGGCCUAGCAGCUGCGGCAGCUUCUGCAUCUUCUCCAACCCUCGCUCGUGCGCUGGCCGCUGUACAGCAAACGCAGAAACGACCGAGAAGUGAAAAGAAACCCAUUCCAACUGAGCAGAAAGACACCAAGUAUUUUGAACGCAGAAAACGAAAUAACAUGGCAGCAAAAAAAUCAAGGGAUGCUCGAAAAGCCAGAGAAGAUGAAAUAGCCAUCCGGGCCAGUUUCCUGGAAAAGGAGAAUGCUAUUCUCAGAGCCCAGGUCGGUACGUUAAGGGAGGAGGCCAACUCAUUAAAACAGCUCCUCCUACAGAAGAGAUCAAGGCCAUGAUCUUAAUGACAAAUCCAUCAUGUUUAGCCGGUGUUAUAUGUUUUAUAUAUUUACCCGUUUUUUGAUCUUCUUAGUGUAUAUGUUUAUAUUGCAAUAAAAGUCGAAUUAUUAUAUUAUAUAUAUAUCAUUACAAUUGUUAAAAAAAGAAUACUGCAAUUACAAUUAUCUUUGAAAAACUUUUUUUUUUUUCAAAGCCGGUGUCAGUGUGUUUUGUUAACUCAUUUUAGAUAUGUAGCAUUUGCUGUUUUGUGGAAAAAUAAGUCGAGAUGCAAUUUCCAUUGAUAUGGAAUUCCAUCAAAAUUAUGUACAAUUGAUGAUGAUUUCUUGUGAGAGAGUUAUAUUGUGUAUAUUUCAGAUGUUACAGUAUGACAUGUGAUGUAAGAUUUAUUGAUACGGUGUACUUGAUUUAUUAUAGCCACUCAUGUAUAGUAGAAAGUAUAGAACUGAUUAUCCCCUUAAAUUUACAUGUAACAAUACCCACACAGAACAUAACGUACACACAUAUAAAAAUUGAUACAUGUACAAGCUUGUAUAUCCGAUUAGUAUACAUUCUUACUUCACCGGUUAAAUUUUAAUACAGAAACAUAGCUGAGUUCAGUCUUUCAAAAUCUAGUAUUGGGGAAUAGUAAAUUGUUCAUGUAAUAUGUAACUGCUUAGGCCACAGCAAGAAAUAGAAAUGACAAAUAGGUCAAAUUUUCAAGAAGAUACAGGAAAAAAAACCAUAUUGUUAUAUACACUGUGCAAUGAUAAUCCGGUGAAAAUUUUUGUUGUUUAAAAUUUAAUACUCUACAAAAAAACAUUGAUCGUUUAUAUUUCGUUUAUUUGCUCAUGUUGUCGUCUAGAAGAUAAAACUAGUACCUGUACUUGAUUAUUCCCUUAUUUCAUCUCUUUACAAAUAUAUUUUUGAAAUUUCUGUUCUCAUUGAUAAUGCCUACUGCCAUAUUAGAUUUUUCGUUUGUUGAUCUUUCUGGUCUACAACCUUUUUCCUUCCUUCUCUUUAUAGUGACCACAUUAUACUGAAAACCUUUUGUGUGUGUGUGUGUUUGUGUCCGAGUAUCGGUGUUUUUGUUGGGUUUUCUGUGACUAUGAAAUCUGUUCUACUUUUUGUUUUAGGGUCUUAAAAAACGGAGGGAAAAACAACGAUGGUGAAAAUUACCAAGUUUCUUUUUUUCUUUUGUGUUUUAUGUAUGUUUUGAUAGUGCUUACAGUUUCAGUGCUGGAACUAAAUAAAUUUUGGUAUCGGUUCCUUUAUUGAAAGAACAGAAAUUCCCUCUUUUGGUAGUAGGAAUGUUCAUGGUUUUCCUGAAUGUAAUUUUCCCAGCUUCAACAGCAGACAAAUGUUUUAUUACAACGAUCUCAAUCUCGUGUUGGGGGCAGCAUCAAGUUGAUACAUAUUAUAAAACCAUUACAUAUCAAUUUUACUUUUUACAGUGUAUCAGGGUUUUUUGUUUUGCAAUUGGUCUUCGUCCGUCGUCAUCAUCUGUUCACAAUUUUAGAUUUUUAACCACAUCUUGAAAACUUUAAUUUCUUGAGGUGCAUUGUAUAUUGGUAGUAAUAAACUGAAUGUAUGUUGUGUGCAUUAUAAAUAAAGUUUACAAUUUUUGACCCCUGGAGCAAGGCAUGAAAUUUGAGAUUCCUCCGACUCUUGGGGUGUACCCUCCAUUCAAUGUUUUAUUCCGAUAUCUGUAAAAUACAUUGUAUAAUUAUGGGAAUUAAAAUUGUGUAAAUAAAUGGUUUCAAAUUGAUGAAAAUUUUGUUCAUUUAAGACCAUUACAAUAGACUGAACAUAUUUACAACUUUGUUGCAUGUUCUUUGACUGAAUCUUGGAUAAUGGUUUAGACCUCGAAAGGAAGCUAAUUAAAAUGCAAACAUGAGACUCCCUGAUACCAGGUCCAUCUAAAUGCUAUGGUACUCAGAUGACCAUCAAGGCCUCUUUUAUAUUGUAAGGAGGUACUCUCAACUUUGAAAUGAAGGUGCUUUUUUGUGUAUGUUACCAUUCAGAAUAUUGGCCCUUGGUUUGUUAAUACAUAUAUUUAGUACUUUCUCUUUGCUUUCGAAUAAAAAUGUGGUAUUUUUCAACUAACGUCAAUUUGUAUAAAAAAUUUGAAGGUAUUUUUUUUCUACAGAGUAUCUGAUCUAAUGUAAUAAAAAAGUUAAAAACAGUUUACUUAACCUAUUAACUGGAGCAGUGUGAUUUGAUGGAUAUGGGAACCAAUUUUUUUUUUUCCAUUUUAAAAUUUUUUAUUGUAGCAUUGUUCUCAGGUUUACAAAUGUUUUAAAUUACGAAAUAUUUUUUAAAAUGAUGUUAAACUGUAUUGUGUGACCAUGUGUUAGCUUGUUUUAAACUGGAUGGAAAAAAAGCUGGAGUACUUGAUUUUGUGUGAUGAAAGAAAGAGAGUUUUCUGUCUUUGUAGUUAUAUAUAGCAAGUUUAUCUCAGGGAUAUUAGUGUAUAUAUUUAUAUAUAUGUACGAAAAUAUGUCAUGGUAUUCUCGUCAGGAUUACCGAUUGAUAUAAAUGACUUUUUUUUGUAACUAUAAAUGGGUAUUACUGUUACAGUAAAUUUUUUGAAGAAACAGAAAUCUUGAGAUUUUAAUUAGUUACUCAGUAAAAUUAUAGUGAUAUAUGGAUGGCAUAUAUCAGUAGUGGUAAUAUUUUAUUCCUUUUGUGAAGUGUUACUAUUGAACUAUUUAGAUUUUUUUUUAUAUAUAAACCUGGGGAAAAACUAUUCCAAUUUGUUUUUCUCCAUAAUAUUGUGUAUAUUUGUUACUGCGUUAUUUUCUGGUUACACCGAUUACUUUUCAUUAUGCGAGAUCUUUUUUUUGUGUUUGUGUGUGAAUACAAUCAUAAUUUUGUUAGCAAGACAUAUUUUUGUGAGUUACAACUAAUGAAAAGUUUAUUUACAAGUCUUGUGAAAUAUUGUGUUAGUUAAGCUUCCGCAUACAAAAAAAAAAUUAUUAGCUGAUAUAUAAAGAAAUUUAAUAUCUGCUUACUCCAAAUCUGAAAAACAAACCAACGAGGGACGGGUAUAUCAUAUAAUUUUGGUUAUUUUACACUUGUGUGAAAUAGGUCAACCUUUGUGUUCUUAUGUCUAUGAAGUUAAUAUUUUCUAGACUAUUGUAGUUUUAUACACAUAUUCAGGUAGGCAAGUGUAAAACCCAGAAAAUUACUUGUUUUCUGUAAUCAGUGACAUCAUGAGGUAAUAUUACCUGGUAUUGAAAAAAAAAAGAGGAAAUAUUGAAAAAAUCACACUUCAGACUGUAAACAUUUUACAAUCUGUGUAUUUUAUUAUUUUAUGAAAUAUAUGUAUAAAUUUAUGAACUGAA